CCGCAUGUAUGUACAAGAUAGAGUAAAGCUCUUCGAAGAAAUAAAAUUGACAGACCGCCUCCCACACCCACAUAUACUCCAACAAAAAGCAACCGAACCGAAUGUCUCUACCACAAAGCCCCCCGCCCCUUUGCAUCAUCUCCUCAUCCAACAUCCACCCAGCAGACCGCUACGCAUCCUCAAACCCAAAGGUAGCAUCAGAAGCCUAGUGCCCAGAGCCAAAUCAGCAACGGAAACCACAAAAGCCAACCCAACAUUCCAAGAAGAAUGGCAAGAACUCGCCAUAAGAUCCAAAUCCAACAAUCCCCCAUCGACUCAGCUACCAUCCCAACACCCUCACUCCCGCACCCAUAUGUCCCAGAUUCCGCAACACCACCACCGACAUUGCCAACCCCAAGCUCAACACCAACCCGCAGUCUUCAGGAUGAUUGUGGCCCCGGACGCAGGCCGCAAAGGCUGAGAAACCUCGGAAGUAUCAGAUCCGCAAGUAGACUCAUUCUUCGAGGGCACGCAGUUACUACAGGGUGCUUGGCGAUCACAUUUGGUCUUUCGCCGUCUGCAGAGAGAGCAAGAGCUGGCUGGUCUUCGAUGUCGACGUGCGGGUCCGAUCAUGGCUAAUCAGUCACAAACUGACAGAUAUUGUGGAAGACAUUGUGGUGCUCGCAUAGAGUCAAGGCGAGUCCGAGUCAUGCGGCCGGGAUUGUGCUCGGGACGUGACGGGCGAUAUGCCGUGAGAUCUAUGGAUAUCGCCAUAAGGCCAGACAGACCAGUUGGACGCAAUUGGUCUUUCCGAAGAUAGUUUUCUUGCUAAAUUUGAGGUAUCCUGCUAUUUUCCGAUAGCAUAACUUCAUGCAAUGUGCUAUACUCCACGGCAUCACGUACAGUACAUUCCCUGUAGAAGCAAAUCGAAUUGAAGGGGGGUAUUGCUGAUGAUGUUGAU